UUGCCCUUGAUUUUAACCUUUCUUGGAUAGCUCUCUUGGACCAGAACUAAAAGUCAAGUGACUGCAACUGUAAAACUAUGUUUUCACUCUAUUCUAAAUAAGUAAUAAUGAAGGGGUAAGAGAAUGAAAAACAGCUUGCCAGUGGGAAGCAGAUGGAUGUAAUACUGUGAGGAGUGUGAUAAUCAUCAAGCUAAAUAUGGCUAUAAGUAACAGCCAAGUCAAUGGAAUGACAUUGUUCUAGUGCUAAAAAGAUAUUAAAUUCCAAACUGUAUAUCAAUGAGAUGAUCUGAAUACAGUCUACAGUCAGAUAUAUUUUUGUGUGAAUGGAAAAGGUUUUCAAUUAACAUAUGCUACCUUGAGGUUUAAGAUGAGAGAUUAGACUUUUAAAUUGUUACUGAAAAUGAAAAACACCAUUGUUUUGGGACUGGGAUGGGAAUUUGAAAGCCCACAGCAGACGUGGAUGCAGGGGGAGAAGUUUUGAUUGUGGGACAAAACAGGUGUAUAAGACAUUUAUGAAAUCUGUUGUUUCUUUUCUGUGGCCAACUCGCUUGCGAAAUGUGAACUUGAAAGAAUUCUGUGUAUUUACAGACAGUGUGACAUGCUGAAAGAUAUUUUUCCACAUUCCAAAUGCUCCAGCUAUUUUUUAUGGUCACCAUUAUUCAUUCCCAGCGGUGAGCUGUCAUAACAUAUUUUUCCUGACUGUACCAGUCCCAUUUACUUUAUCAACUCCAUGUUUCCCCUGUCCCAUGCUGUUUGACAUGCAUAUUUCUUCAUCCCACAAGUGACCAUUAUUAGUCUAGAACGCAGCAGCCCGGCCCUCCUCACCAUGCAUUGUCCUGCUCAGUCACAUCACACUCGCACUGAGAGCAUCCUGUGUCUGCAGCUUCACCUUGAUCCUCUGUGGGAUCGGAUGCCUGCCCUUUAGCUUUGACAUAUUUUCUAACCAGCCUUCCUGUAUCCACUGAGACACGCGGAACUUGCGACAAUUAGCAUAAUUCCCAUUUAUCUCAUUUCCUGUUGGUGCAUUUGUAGUCAUGGUUGGCAUCUAAUCACCAUUGUAAGCCAUGACUUAAACUAUUUGUUUUUGAAUGAGCCAUUGCAUUUGUUACCUAUUUGAAUUUUUGCAACCUUUACUAUUUAGUUUGUUGUUUUCUCAUCAGUUUUUAAAUAGUCACAUACAAGUUGGAGAGGCUGGACAUUUGCUGGUAUAAAUCAAUGGUUUUGCAAUGAAAUUCACUACAUAAAACACUCCCAACUUAUCAUUAAAAAAUGCUUAAAGAUAAGCUUUCAUGUCUGCAGGGACCCAGUGAAUUUGUUUUUGUCAAUGUUAUUUAUUGCUACAAAUAUUUCUUGAGAAAAAGAUGGAGAUGUGCCCUCUCAAAAGUCCCAACAGCUUGAUUUGAUCAACCAUGUAUUAGUUACAAGUGAAUGACUUGGUUCCCUGCUCUUCACAAAAUAAGUUCUCCCUGGAGUUUUGUCUUAUAGUACGAUGAGUCUCCUGUGAGUAGAGCAAAAUGUCCUAGCGAGGGUUAACAUGAGCAGCACUGUGUUCCCUCCUCCUGACAUUGACUGAGCGCGCGCACACACACACACUUUCUCCUGUGAGGCCAGUACAGAGCCAGAGAGGAGGGACUGUUUGGAACUCUGAGAGCCAGCUGUUGUUCGCUCAGAGCUGGAUCUUUCUCUCCCCGACUCCCCCGUUCUCCACUGGCCUCAUCACUCCAUGGGACUCCAGACCUGGCCGCCAAGCAAUCCACCAGUGUCCACUAUGGCCUGCCUUGAUGUGGAGACCCCCUCCAUCUGCAGGGGUAACUUUAAAUCAGUCCUCCAGCUCUGUCUGCAGCAGAGGAGAACUCGGGAGCAGCUUGUGGAGCAAGGCAUCAUGCCGCCUCUGAAAACACCUGCUACUUUUCAUGAGCAGAUUCGCAGCCUGGAGAGAGCCAGGGCUGGGAACUUCUUAAAGCACAAACUCUGCCGGAGACCAGAGCGCUCUGAGUUGGUUCGUAUGCACAUCCUGCAAGAGACCCAGGCUGAGCCCUCCCUGCAGGCCACACAGAUGAAGCUGAAGAGGGCCAGACUGGCUGAUGAUCUCAAUGAGAAGAUCGCCCAGCGGCCUGGACCCAUGGAGCUGGUGGAGAAGAACAUCCUGCCUGUUGACUCUGCUGAAGAGGUCCUCAAUGGUGGUAAGGCAAACUCCUCUAAGCCACCAGAUAUUUACAACUUUGAUGAGGACAGCAGUGAUGUUUUAUCAACACAACAGCCUGCCAGCCAACAAUCUCCCAGCUCCACCUCUGCCUCUCCAAGGGAGUCUGGAGGGACUGUGACCACUUCUACUUCCUCUAACUUAAACUCUCCCAUACAGCACUCCCCACCGCCUAACUCACAGUCCACAUCAGAUUUUGUCAACCUUGUCUCCACUAAUGAGCAACAAAGCAACCAACCAGCAUCUACACCUCAACCAAUCACCACUGUUGCCCCCAGUAUCACACCAGGUCCAGUUCUUGUGAAGCAAAGCCUACCCAAGCUGCCUGCCGAUAAAAGCCGCAGCAAAAAGAGCAAAGAGCCCAAACCACGGGUGAAAAAGUUAAAGUACCAUCAGUACAUCCCCCCAGACCAGAAGCAGGAGCUCAAUGAAAUGCAGAUGGACUCUGCUUAUGCACGCCUCCUGCAGCAGCAACAGGAGUUUCUGCAGCUCCAGAUCUUAAGCCAGCAACAGCAGCAGUUCAACUACCAGGCCGGGACGACUGCCACACUCAAACAAACAACUGAGGCACAAACCAGUUGUUCCAGUGUUAUUCUGAGUGGAAACCAAGCGUCCACCCCUAUGCAGCCCCGGUACACUCAGACAAACCGCAAGCCGGAUCAUUUACCAGCUAAUCUGGAUGAGAUGAAGGUUGCUGAGCUGAAAAUGGAACUAAAACUCAGGUCAUUACCUGUUUCUGGGACUAAGACGGAUCUGAUAGAGAGGCUAAAGAUGUAUCAAGAGAACUCUAACAUCCAGACUGCUGCUGCCAUUGAGACAACAGCUGUCACAGCAGUUUCACAGUCUGAAAACAUAAAGUUAACCCCGCCUGUGUCUCCUAUAGCCUCCAAGGUGAGCUGUCUGGGCAUAGAAGAUAGUAAUAUGGCAGACAGCCCCGUCAAGCUUUCAGCUGCUCUGUCUCCAACUGUCACUGCUCCCUGUAUGAACUCCCCACAGAGAGCUCCACAUGAGGAGUGUCCGACAGAGAUGAGGUCCUAUGAGAAAGACUCUGAGAAGGACAAACGUCUCCAUGAGAAGGAGCGUCAGAUUGAGGAGCUCAUGCGGAAGCUGGAGCGGGAGCAGAGGCUUGUGGAGGAGCUGAAGAUGCAGCUCGAGGUGGAGAAGAGGAGUCAGCAAGGAGAUUCUCCACCUCAGCUCAGCCCUCUUACUCCCAUCCAGGUCAAAGAGGAAAACAGGACCCCGUCAAGCUGCUCGGCGUCCUGUAGUUCUCCUGGUCUGCCAGUGUUGGUCAAACAAGAGGUGGUGGCAGAUCAGAGCGACUUAGCUCCUGAAAAUCAGUUCAUCAGCCACCAGACUAAUAAGCAGCCUGAAAGCCUUCAUCCUAUCCAGACUGGAGCUCAGAUCCUCCUGCCUACGUCCCUUCCUGCCUCUGCAGUCGCUAUCCAGCUCCCUCCACACAGCAUCAAAUUACACACUACGGUUGCCAGAUCAGCCCCAGGCCUCAUCCAGACCUCUGGACAGGUGCCACUGAAAAUAGAAGUCUCAGCAGCAUUACAACAGCAAUGCAGCACUCAGACUCAGCCACUGACAAAGAUUUGGAGGAUGGAUAGUACAGCACAACACUUACACAACACAUUCCCAGCAAAUGGAUGUCCUGUGGGAGCCUCCACUAGCCAAGCGCGUCCUAAAGGACCCACAAAAAAGUCUCCCUGUACCAGCCAGCCAACUUUGAUCUUGCAGCAGACAAAAUUCAGAAACCACGUGUCAAAGUGUAAAGACCCACCUCGUUAUGAGGAUGCCGUUAAACAGACACGCAGCAUGCUAACAGCUGUUCAGGGUUCAACUGCAGCCAGCCAGCAGAUGGAUGACCUGUUUGAUGUCUUAAUUGAGAGUGGGGAGAUCUCCCCCUUCAUCAGACAGGACCCUUCCAGUCAAGACAAGCGUCUCCCUGUGACAGCCAGUGUAACCACCCUUCCCAUCAACACGGUUUUAUCCCGCCCUCCACCCGUGGUUCAAGUGGCCCAGUCACCUGCUGCGCCACUCAACCCCUCCACCAGGUUAGCAGCUCUGACUUCUGACACCCAGAUGGAAACCCUCCUGGAUGGCACACUGGGUGCUCACACUGAGCAACAAACCCUGAAGCUGAUAGAGGAGCUACACCCACCUAUGGCUACCAUGGAGGUGGACUUAAAUGAAAACACACCACCCUCUGCUUUGAACCUGCACAGUACGAACAUUGACAAUAUGGAUUGGCUGGACCUUACCCUGUCUGUGCCAGUAGAGGGUGUCAACCCUUUGGACAUAUCAACACCAGUGGGCGUCUUCUCUACUGACUUCCUGGACUCGCAUGAUCUGCACUUGAACUGGGACUGAGUGCUAUCAAGGUGAAUUCUUACACCUAUCAGGCCGUUUCAGAUAAAUUACUUUUUUAUGCAAGGGAGGAUGGCUUUUGUUUCCUUUGUGGAAAAUGAAAAGCUUUUGGAGGUUAAGGGCAGCUCUGUUUCGCUUUCUGACUUCUCAAUAAUAAUCUAAUUAUGCAGCGUCAGUUCAGCUGCUGCAUUGCUUCCUUGAGGUCUUUAAACCCUCUGAUUGUAUGGGGAGAGUGACAUAAAGUAGGACUCCUACUGGCAGAUUGAGCUGACAGUGGAAGUAGCUUUUAAAUUUCAAUCUUAAGUUAUGCCACUUAUUUGUAAUCAAUCUGUUCUCAUGUUAUUGAUUUCUAUUUGCCCUCUGGUCUUAAUGAAUGUACAGUGUUGUAUUGAUCGUGUAAAUAAAGGAAAAGAACAGGACAAUGUCCUGAUCCUGGUUAAAGAACUAAUGGACAAACACUGUGUAUUAUCACUAUCUAAACAGAUUGUAAAACACAACUGCAAACUGUUCUUUGUGUGUAAAUCGUGAAGCAUAAAUCAGAUGUUUGACUGAAUUGGGAGUGUGAACAUGUUAACACUAGAGUACUCUCAGCAUUGUUGUAUCUCUCAACCAGUUCUGACAAGAUUUCUAGCAGUGUGCAGAUCAGCCAAAUUGUCACUCUCCAGUGUGUACAGUGUAUCUGUACACUGUGUAGAACAUGCUGCACAUAUUUUUGAAAGCUUAAAAAGGAGAAUCCUCACUUACAGUUAUGACCAGCUAGUCACAAGAGUUAUCUGCAGUGCUCCGUCUAGACUGUAUCCAAAUUAAUAAUAAUAAAUUGUUCUUGGAACAUCA